CUGGCUCUCCCACGCAGCAGCAUUGAAUCGUGCGUAGAUCCAGGAACCACCUAGCAGUCAAGGAGCACAGGUAGCUAGGAUACGAUGGUGAACCUGGUGGAGGCGCAGAAGCCGCUGCUGCACUUCCUCAUCAAGUGGGCAGGCCUCCGGCAGCACACCGUCGACGUCGACGGCGCCGGCACGGUGCUCACCUUCUGGGUGCCCAAGGAUAAGGUCCCUGGCAACAACUCCACCGUCGCGCCCGAAGAGAAGCAGAGCGAGACGUCCAAAUCCCAAGGAGUGCGCCGGCCAUCAGUGGUGCUCGUGCACGGCUUCGCUGCCGAAGGCAUAGUCACCUGGCAGUUCCAGGUUGGUGCGCUGGCGAAGCACUACGACGUGUACAUCCCGGACCUGCUCUACUUCGGCGGCUCCACGUCGCCCGCGACGGCACGCGCGCCGCGG